UUCUGCUCCCCAGUUUUCAUAAUCGAUCGAAUCGGUCCUCGCUUCUUCUCCGUUUGAGGAAGGAGGAAAGGGGGGACGUCAGGGCAGUCUCACCCGAGAUUGGCGAAAUGGCAGAUCAAACUGCGAGGGGGGAGGAGUUUGAGAGGAAGGCGGAGAAGAAGCUUACGGGAUGGGGAAUCUUCGGAUCGAAGCACGAGGAUGCUGCAGAUUUGUACGAGAAGGCCGCUAAUUGUUAUAAGCUAGGAAAGAACUGGGACAAAGCUGGAGCAGUAUACACCAAGAUGGCAAGUUGCCAUUUGAAGUCAGACAGCAAACAUGAAGCAGCAUCGGCUUAUGUGGAUGCGGCAAACUGUUAUAAGAAAAAUUCUGCUCAAGAUGCUGCACAAUCUCUAAACCAGGCUGUGAAUCUUUUCAUGGAGAUUGGUAGACUGAAUAUGGCUGCAAGAUACUACAAGGAACUUGGUGACAUUUAUGAGCAAGAGCAGAACUUAGACAAAUCCAUGGACUACUUCGAGCGUGCUGCUGAUCUUUUUCUUAGUGAAGAGGUGACAACUUCUGCAAACCAGUGUAAGCAGAAAGUCGCUCAAUUUGCUGCUCAGCUGGAACAGUAUCCAAAAGCUAUUGAGAUUUUUGAAGCAAUAGCAAGGCACUCCAUUAACAACAGUCUUCUGAAGUAUGGUGUAAAGGGGAUUCUUCUUAAUGCCGGUAUCUGUGAGCUAUGUAAGGGUGAUAUUGUUGCAAUUAAUAACGCUCUCGAGAGAUAUCAGGAACUUGAUCCAACAUUUUCUGGCACGCGGGAGUACAAACUUCUAGCUGAUUUGGCAGCUUCAAUGGAUGAGGAAGACGUUAUAAAGUUCACUGAAGCCAUUAAGGAAUUUGAUAGCAUGACUCGGCUGGAUCCUUGGAAAACCACUCUUCUGCUGCGCGCAAAGAAUGCACUAAAAGCCAAGGAAAACGAGGAAGAUGAUCUCACCUAAGCUCCAGAUUGAAGGUUUGAAUGAUUCAUUUUAUCUAUAUUUCUCAAUUUUUAUGAAAACUAUAAGCAUGUAAUCAACAUUGUUAACAUAUAUUAUGUGGAAACCUGCUUCGACAUUUAUCAUUGUGUGGUGUUCAUAUUUGGGAGUGGAGUUAGCUUUUGACAGAAACAUUGUGUCACAUGUUGCGAAUCUAAGAACUAUUAAGACACCUUAACUGAAACAAUAAGAAUCAGGUUUUUGUUUUGUGUAAAUGACAGCUGAAGCAUUUUGUU